AUGAUGCGAAAGAGCCUCAUCCUGAGCGCUCGACACGGCAUUCGGCCAAUCCAGUCCGUCCACUCAGCGAUUUGGGUGCCCCGCCCUGCUGCCAAUUGCCGCACCUUUAUUGUUGCGCCUCGCUUGCUCAAGGAUAGCCGAGACUUUGACCGCGAGAAGCUUGACCCUCAGAACACCGAAGCGACCAACACUGCGACUCACGACGAGAUCGCCAAGCACGACACGGCCUUUGACCCUUCCACCACCAAGCCUGAGAGUGAGCUGGAAGCCACAGAGCAAGAGUCGCGGACGAAGGGCGAAAAGGGAACCCUGAACAUGAGUGCUGCCAACAAGGAGGCGAGCAAAUGGAGAGGAGCCCAGGAAGGAGGACCUUCGCGCAAUGCGGGCAGAGACGCUUCGAGUCAACGCGGGCACCCUAGCAAGGGCAGCAAGAUCGACGUGAAGGAAGAUGGUACUCAUGUGUCUCGUCAUUAA